AUGCAGGGUACUUUCACUACCCUGAACAAGUCUGGCACAGUAAGCAGUAACAGCCUGCUGACGCUCUUCCUGCACGACGGCAGCGACGUUCUGUUGGAGGCGACAAAGUUGGUGCGCUACUUCAAAGUCCAGCAUGGUCGGACGUACGAUCAGGUGGAAAUAGUGGUCAACAUUGGCUUUGCCUCCUUCCUGCUCACGUGGAUAUCAAACCGCCUGUACUGGUUCCCCCUGAAGCAGGUCUACGUCGCCUCGGUGUACGUCGAGGAGCAGGCGAUUCAGGUGCCCUUCAUCACCCUGCUCGUCGGCAUGCUCUGGAUCAUUCUGCUGAUGAAUUUCUACUGGUUCAGCUUUGCACUGAAGCUCCUCUACAAGGUGGCCAGUGGACAGUUGAACGAACUGGAGGAUAAUCGAGAGUUCAAAGAAGCAGGAACGACGGCAGCAGACGGCAAAUCGGCAAAGUCGUCCAGCCCAGAAGAUGCUCGCAAGUUGAGCAUCGAUAGCGGCGUUAUCAGCGUCACCGGCGAGGAGACGGCAUCGGACGACGGAAAUGAGAGCGAUAAAAGCGGCAGUCCGGAGGAGGAAGAGGCCAUUACCAGAGAUGAGGAGAGAGGAGACCAGAAAACUACGCAGCAGACAACAACAACAGCGGCACCAAACAGUCCAAGCAGCUACAACUUGCGGGAGAGACGAG